GACAGUGAUUAUGAAAAACAUUGUGAGUAUCUGGAUAAUUCAUUAUCUGUGAGCAAAUUAGCAUCAUAGCCAAUUCACAGUUUUUGUGCGCAGUACUACUUUAAGUGGAUAUAUAUGUAUAUAGGUUGCGUCCCAUUAUCGAUCCGUCCCUUAGUCGAUUCGUCCCAUUACCGAUCCGUUCCUAGACUAUCCGUCCCAUAGUUAAUACGUCCCCUAGUCGACCUGGCCCAGAAAAAAUAAUGACCGAGUUUUUAAACUAUUUUUCCAAGUGUUAUUUACAGUACUGGAUUAGUUAAUAAUUCAGCUGCGUAUUUCCUCUUCAUUGUGUGUGCCUCUGACAUCAGGUAGUAAUCCUUUAAUCCCUUUUUUUUUUUUUUUUUUUUUUUUUUAAAUCUAAUAGUAAGGUUACUGUAAAUUCGCAAUCAAUGAUCAAAGAUUGCUCUACAAUGCAGUUAUAAAAACUCUAAAAGUGUGUUUUCACUAUGGUGUUCUCACAAUGAUUAAUGGACACACUUUUACAUUGAUUGCUGUACAAACUUAAAUAACGAUGUUUUUACAAUAAUUAAUGAGCACACUUUUUCAUAAACAAUUGUACUGAUUAUUCCACCUGAAACAAAAAUUAUAAAGCCUAAGGAUUGUGCAAACAAUUGUAUUUACAUAUUUAACUCCGAAAGUUGUUUAAUUUUGAUAACUAACUGCAAUAUACAUGUAUAUGCAAAAAACUUCCUUUUUUUCUUAAGUAAUUAAUAAUUUAUUAUAUCUUUAAUAACAAAAAUUUGGAGGGGCCGGAUCGACCUAGCAAAAUGGGCCUAAUCGACAUGGGGAAGGACCAUCUGUGAUGGAUCGACUAGGGAUGGACCGACAGUUGGACGGAUCGACCUGACACCGCAGACUGUUGAUUGUAUCUUUCUGAACAAUUCAACGUUACGCAAUGCUCAACAACGGUUUAAUGUUGUACUCGAAUGAGAACAUGAAAAUGGAGAACUUUGAAUGUUUACCGAAUUCUCAAGACAAGUUGAUGGAUGCUGCUUUAGUUGCUAUGGAUACAGGGGACAUCACUCCAUUGGUUAAGGAAGAACUGAAGCUGACCAUACAAUCCCGCCGCCUAGCGGCUGGAAUAGGGGAACUUCAGGUCCAGUUUGAACCCCCACAACAAAAAGAGUUGACAGAAGAAGAAAAGGAAAAGGUAGACAGACGAAGGGAACAGAACCGACUGGCAGCCCAGCGGUUUCGACAGAAACAAAAACUGACGGGGGCCCAAGUCCAAAAGAAGGUGCGAGGUUUAGAGUCGGACAACACGCGUCUGAGGAGGGAGUUAAAGAUCCUACAGACGGAAAGAGAGAUCCUGAGAAGACAACUGGAGGAGCACAUGAAGAUAUGUCCCGGGCAAAUCUUACACGUGAUUAACACGUGAUCAUUCAUCGCUGUACGUGUCAUAUUCAUACGCCAAAAUAUGAAGAAAGUUUCCCCAACGGAAAGAAAAAAAAUGAGGCAUAUAACGUUAACGUUAGAGCCAUAAUCAUGGAUAGUAGACAACAUAUACACCGUGUCAUCUACAUAUUCGUAAACCAAUGUGUUCAGGAUUAACCACAGCGUACAUCAUUACAAAGAUGGCCGAGUCAUUGUGUUGGUGCUUUACAAUGAAUUUCAUCGCGAUCAUUUCUGUGAAGUUAUUCGACAUAUUGACGAGGAAUACUGUGUUUAUAUAUAUACACGGAGUCGAAACGUGGCUCUGCAUCACGAAAUACACUGUCAGAAAAAAAACUGCGUGUUAAUGUGAAAUGUAUUAAAUGGGUGAAUGUCAUUAUACUUUACAUAUAUAUCGCAAUUCUGUCACUGUGUUUCAUCAGAUGGUCAUGUGAUGUUAAAGUUCUGUUACUAUUUAUAGAUAUGAACUUUGUAACAUCGAUCAAUAUUAAAAAGAAUUACAGAUA